AUGACAAGAGCAAUUUCAUACAUCCAUCUUAAUUCAUCCCAGACGUCGGUAAACAAACACGGCCAGGGUGUCCACGCCCUACAUAGCCCUGACCAGAAAUUCAACAUCAACGAUUGGUUGAUUGAUUUAAAACGUAAGAGAACUUGGCAAGAAGUUUAUUGGCUCGUGUGGGGGUGCUCUAACUAUCUGACCUGUUGCAAAUGCAAACAGGGCUGCAAAACAAGAUGCCACGUUGUUUUUGAGACUACCAGCGAUACAAUUGAAAACAAAGUCGAUAAUAUAAAUAGCCAGGAUAGCAUUUACAGUUGUGCUGACAGAAAUAACAAAAACAACAACAACAACAACAUCAACAUUAGCCACACCAACAGCCAAGUUUACCAACUCCUUCUGGCUCAUAAAGAUCUUAUAGUUCAACAAAAAAAUAAUUCAGAGACACAGAGCUUAACCCCAUUAGAUAUUUUUAGCAUCGAGGGAAAACCCAACAUCACCAACAACAACAACAGUACUAUGACGUCAUCGUCGAAACAGCCAAUCAAAUCAACAUCAUCAUCGUCGUCAACAACUACAGCAAACACACCAACAACGACAAAAUGUGUGAACGGUUCUUCAAAAUGGAUAGAUGUUUCGAAUUCGAUUUGGGACGCCUUUGAUGGGUCAAACGACAGUGAUAUCUCGAAAUCAUUAGACAACGACAAAUGGAUAUACAGCGAUGAUGAAGACGAUGAGGAUAAUGAUGACGACGACGACAACGAAUGCAAACGAAAAGAUAUAACAGCCAAAAUCCAGAUGAAAGCGGAGAAAUUAAAGACUAAAAAACAUAGCUGCGCAAAUCUAACAAGUACAAAAUGGGAUUGUUCCAAAUCCUUCCGAUGCAACCAGGAUGCCCAAAGGCAGGAAGGUGAAUGA